CAGCAACUCUUCAACAGAUUUGUACAGGCAUUUGCUUCUGGGGGACACUUAAGAAAUAAAAAUUAAAGAUUUCUGGCCAUUUGUUCACAUGUGUCCAAGAGGAGAUGAAGGCUAUUGGAUCUUGCAUAGUUUGGCUUUGGUUUACAAUAUUCCUGUUCCCCAUUUCUCAUUCUAUGACAGUCACAGACAAAACAGCUGCUGCAUGUCCAGCACUGAAAACAGAAGGUCAUCAAUUUAACCAUAUCUACAAAGAAAAUUUCGAUGUUUCAGGUUUUGAUUUAGCAGAAAGCUUUUCUUUGAGGCAAAUUUCAUGUGGGGCUGGAAAACCCUGCUUUAAGUUGGGAAAUGCACCUCUUAUCAGAGAUUCGCAGCAAGUGUUCCCAAACGGGCUUCCAGAAGAAUAUUUCCUAACAGCCACAUUCCGUGUUAGAAGAAACAGCAAAAAAGAAAGGUGGUAUUUGCUGCAAAUUUUAGAUCACCAUAACUUGCCACAGGUGUACAUGACAGUCGAUGGUUCAAAGAAACUUGUAGAAUAUGUCGCACAAUCCACCCAAGGGCACUCCUUGCGCUAUACCUUUAAAAGCCGUGACAUCCACACUGUCUUUGAUCGGCAGUGGCAUAAGAUUGGCAUCAGCGUACAAUCAAGGAUGAUUUCUCUCUAUGUGGACUGCAGUUUAAUUGAGCAAAGGCAAACAGAUGAAAAAACUACUGCCGACUUCCAUGGAAAGGUUCUUGUUGCCAGCCGUUACUUAGACGGCAAGACUGUAGAUAUUGAACUUGGUCGCAUGAUAUUAUACUGCAAUCCGAGACUUGCUGCUCUGGAGAUGUGCUGUGAAUUAUCUGAGAAUAUGUGUAUUUUGGAAGAAAACAUGAAAGUUACUACAGCGUCACCAUCAACUGUUCACGCUGGUGAAAUACAUGCCCUUCCAAUAAUGGAAAAAAAACCAGAAGAAAAAUGCUUUUGUUAUCCAAAUAAGGGGGAAGCAGGAUUGCCAGGGGUAGCUGGUUUGCCUGGUCAGAAAGGAGAAAAGGGUGAAGAAGGUACUAAAGGAGAAAAUGGCAUCCCAGGAUUUCCAGGGGAAAAGGGAGAGGAUGGACUGACUGGUGCUCCUGGUGAGAAGGGCGAACAUGGCCUGCAGGGUGCCAAAGGUGAAGCGGGCGAAAAGGGAGAAAAGGGAGACAGAGGAGAGCAAGGACCAGAAGGCAUACCUGGAAAAGAGGGUUUAAAAGGUGAUGCUGGUGAUAACGGGAUGCCUGGUCCAAAAGGAGAAAAGGGUGAUAUGGGGCCUCCAGGACCAGCUGCUCUUAGUGGCAUGCCAGGAACAGAAGGGCCUCAAGGCCCACCUGGGAAAGAAGGCCAGAGGGGACGCCGUGGUAAGCCUGGGGUUCCUGGAAAAACUGGACCACCAGGGCCACCUGGCCCUCCAGGGGUUCCAGGAUUUCAAGAUUUCUUCAAAGGGCCAUAUUAUGAGAGUCGUCGAGAAGAAAUGGGAACAAAAGGUGAAAAGGGAGAGCCUUCUGAGAAAGGAGAAAAAGGGGAUCCAGGUGAAUCAGGGCAGCCUGGUCCUCCUGGCCCCAUUGGAAGUCCAGGACCUCAGGGCUUACAGGGAGAACAAGGAAUGCCCGGAAAACCAGGGAUUAAAGGAGAAAAGGGUGAUUCUGGUGGAAUCAUAGGUCCCCCUGGGCCUCCAGGUUCUAAAGGCGACAUGGGGCCUCCAGGAUCAAGUCUCCCAGGAAAACCGGGCCCUCCAGGAAUACCUGGAACAAUAGGUCCACGAGGUCCUAAGGGUGAAAGAGGACUCCCUGGGCUGCAAGGGCUUCCUGGGGAGAUGGGUCCAGCAGGAAACGGGACCCACGGCCCCCCUGGUCCCAAGGGGCCUCCAGGGGUACCAGGGUUCCAGGGCCCGAGGGGACCUCCCGGAUUGCCAGGCACUCCAGGUACCCCAGGUCUUGAUCCGGCUGUUCUACGUGAUGGAAAGCAAGGACUACCAGGACCUCCCGGUGACCCCGUUGCUCUUCCUCUUCUUGGAGACGUGGGUACUUUGUUGAAGGGUGAACCUGGUAUAAGAGGUCCUCCAGGAAUCCCAGGCAGAGAAGGACCAAAGGGGACUAAAGGUGAACGUGGAUAUCCUGGGCUUCCUGGAGAGAAAGGUGAUGAGGGGCUUCAAGGGAUUCCCGGACUUCCAGGUGUAGCAGGUCUUACAGGACCUUCUGGGGCAGUAGGAAGAACUGGACAUCCAGGUGCUCCAGGUCUGAAAGGUGAAAAGGGUAAUGAGGGAGCUCCUGGGAAACCUGGACCUCCAGGACCCCCUGGUGUGCCAUACAAUGAAAGAAAUGGCAUGAGUAGCCUAUACAAACUGCAGGGAGGUGCCAACGUUGCAAGCUAUCCUGGUCCACCUGGACCCCCUGGCCCAAAAGGUGACACUGGAGCAGUGGGUGAACCAGGCCCAAUGGGGUUACCAGGACUAGAAGGACUUCCAGGAGAAAAGGGAGACCGGGGACCAGCGGGUCCUCCAGGAGUACCAGGGGUACCCGGAAAACAUGGUGCAUCAGGACCCCCAGGGAUGCCUGGUGAACCAGGUGAAAGAGGUCCUAUUGGAGACAUUGGCUUUCCUGGGCCAGAAGGACCACCUGGAAUACCUGGCAUAAAUGGAAAGGAUGGAUUGACUGGCCCUCAGGGUUCAUUGGGUAAACCUGGUGACAGAGGCCCCAAAGGAGAACGUGGGGAUCAAGGUAUACCAGGAGAUAGGGGCCUGCAAGGUGAAAGAGGAAAACCAGGAUUACCUGGAGACAAAGGAGAUGUAGGACCCAUGGGGCCCGGAGGACAAAAAGGCAAUCCAGGAUUACCAGGCCAUAAAGGCCCUCCAGGUUCACCAGGUGUUCCAGGUUUACCGGCUGAUACAGUGUUAUUUGAAGAAAUGAAAAAAUACAUCAGACAAGAGGUCCUUAGAGUUUUUGAAGAGAGGAUGGCUCAGUUUGUAUCACAGAUCAAGUUGCCAGCUGCCAUGUUAGCUUCCCAAACUCAUGGAAAGCCAGGUAUUCCAGGAAAAGAUGGCUUACCUGGACCACCCGGAGAACCUGGGCCCCCAGGCUACAGAGGGCAGAAGGGUGAAAGAGGUGAGCCUGGAAUUGGCCUGCCAGGUGAUCCUGGCCCACCUGGUCCUUCAGUCCCUGGGAUCCCAGGCCCACCUGGAGCUUCAGGAGCACAGGGGCCACCUGGACCUUCAGGAAGAUGCAGUCCUGCAGAUUGCUAUUUUCAUGGCUCUGAAACUCACCCACGGACAAGCGGGAAAUGAAAAUCUCUUCAGAGAGGUUGUGCUUCCUGGUUUGCCCUCACUCACUGCCCCCCCCACCUAAUAACGAAUUUAAGCUUUAAAAUAUCUGGUGCGUUUUGGUCCUUAUACAGGAUCCUGUGUAAGGAUACCUUUACAGAGCAUCUCAAUUCUUUUCCAGAGUUAAGCCAAUGGCAAGAUGCUGUUUUCUUGCAUUCAUUCCAUAUAUUUGUACUUUGUGGCUACUUUUCUUUUGCAAAAUGUGAUUUUCUUGCAUCAUGAUGUCCUGUUGAGUUCUGAAUGGUUUUUAUUUCUUACGAAAAUGCAAUAUAUGGAAUCACAGACUUCCUAUUUUUACCUCCUAAAUGUCUGCUAAAUCCUAUAUGCGGGUGUGUGCUAGGAUUUCUUGCUAUCCUGGAAUGUCCUGUAUAAUUUUUAAAGACUGGGCUAAAAAGUUGUGAAUAGGGUCUCACUGCUUUUGUGGAUGACUCAGUAAACUACCUAAGUCAGUGGUCCCCAACCUUUUCCCAACCGCGGAUUGGUUUUGGGGGGGGCGUGGUGUGCCCGCAAGGUUGGUGAAGCUCGCUUGUGUGCAUGCGCAUGUCACGCUAGCAGGGGGCGCUCACGUGCAUGUGCACAGUGCGCUCGCAGGGGACAGAAUGUGCUUGCGCGCAUGUGCACAUCACACUCGCGGGGCGCUUGUGGGUGGGUAGGAGAUCUGUGUCCGUGGCCCGGUCCUGGUUGGGGACCUCUGAUCUAAGUAAUGCAACUGGCUGUGGGAUUUCUCAUCCUCCCUCUGCCCUUGUGCAGUAUAGUAGACCUGACAAGAAGCACAUUCAACACAGCUACUGAAAGCAUUUUUCAUGUGAAGUUGUAGGGUUUUUAAAGGAGCUUUUCAGCAUCUCAGCCAUAAAUUGUGGCACAGAGGAGAAUGCUGUUAAUGCAGCCAGUGUGUGGAGUGUCUACUGCAGCCAGUGUUGUGCUUUGCUCUCACCGAGUUCAGUGGAGGGGAACACUAACAGUGCAAACCUAAGUCUAUUUAUUCAGUGCAAACCUAAGUCUGUGUCCCAUUGGGCGCACACUUUAGGAAAUGUACUUGGGUUUGCAUUGAACAUUUCACACAUGAAAGAGCCUUUAGUUAUUGAAGUAUUACCUAGUUUUGGAAGAGAUGACUGGCAACAGCUCAUUCUUAUUCUAAAACAAACUGAGGGAGCGAUUGGAGUAUGGGUCCAAUAUAUCAACAGAAUGCCAACUUGGGGAAGGCUGAAGGAAUCUUCUGGAACUAGGGGAAUCAUGCUUUACUGACUCUUACAUCCCUAUUUUGGGUAAAGGUCUGUCAAGCAUAGAUUGAGAAGCUGUGUAAGCAGCUUCAGAUAAAAGAUAAGGAUCUACAUUGGCCACUUUUUCAUCAGUUAAAAUUUCUCCUCAGUUAAAAUCAGAAAGGAAGAUUCAAGCUCUUAAUAGUCAUAAUUGUGCUAGAGUAAUUUUAGACACUUAAGAAGAGUCACACAAGCUGGCCCAGCAUGCAGCACACACAGUCUUUCUGUUUGAAAAAUUCAGUGGCUGGAGCAUCUUGACAUUUUCUUUUCCAUGAGGAGAACAUGGUCGCACACAGUGAAGGAAAAGAGCCCUGUUGAGCAGAGAAACAUCAUUAGUUAGUUGGACAUUCUGUCAUUGAGGACUAAUAAAGAAGGAGAGAGGGCUCAAAAUAAAAUUCACUCCGGGAAGAUUAUCAUCCUGCCCUCAACUGUGCUUGGGGUGGAUGUAGCUACAUCAAGGUUUUAUUACGAAAUGGAAGGCACCUGGGUAGCCACAACUGGAGUUCCUUUAUGGUGGGAGAAUCAAAUUGUAACAGAAAUAUAAAUUAUACAAGGACCACUUCCAAAAUAAAUGUUAAUGCUAUAAUUACAAUCAUGUAAUAAUUUGGAAGGAGUCAUAUAUAUUGUUCUUAAUUUCAGGGCAAGCUGAGGUUGCUUAUCUGGUUUCUGAACAACAUCUAGAGUAACUUCCCAGCUUUAGGAUUUUAAUAGGAUCUCUGUAACAAAAUGGGGUCAUAGUAGACAAAAUUCCAGAAUGGGAAGCCUUAUUAGUCUGAGGUCAAACACACACACAAGGACACAGAGUCUUAUUGCAAUUUUAAGACAAAUAUGUUGGGGGCAUAGUUUUCAUGAGCCACACUCUCCCUUGUCAAGACAGUUGAAGCAUUUACCUAAACAGAUGUAUUAAAAAGAAAAAAAUUGUUUUCAAAGUUAGGUCCAAAUAUCAAGCAACACCAGAGGUGAUAGUAGGCGCUGUAGAAUUUAUGUAAGAAUCCACAAAGCAGAAUGUCCAGCAAUUCUAAUGAGCAUAGGGGGAACACGCCAGUUGGUUAUGUGUGUGUGUUUUAAGAAGACCCAUAUUUAGUUGUUACCUGUAGUCUUACUACGGAAAUAAAUGGAAUUGUGCGUGCUGAUUUGAUUGCACCCAUGAGCCACAGUUUUCAAGGUACUCCCACCAGAAUCUGACUUUCACAAGACACUUAGAGGAUGGGCAAACUGUAGCCCCCAAGUUGUUUUUCCAGCCCUCAGUUCAUCAAUCUUCCCCACUUUUUCAAGCACAAAAACAGGUGGUUCAGAGAUCCUGGAAGCCUUCAGGAGCGCAGAUGGCUAUUUUGAAUAAGUCAUGCUCGUGGUUUCCCUGCAGCAACACUGCCAAAACAAAUAAGAAAGGAAAGGGGGAAAAACAUUUGUUCAAAACUAGAAGUGAACUUCUAGCUGCAUGUUGUUGUUGUUUUGUUGUUAUUGUUAUUGUCACUACUACUAUUACUAAUUGGUUUGUUGUUUUGGUAUUUUUGAUGGCCUGCAUGGCCCCUAAGAGUUCCUGGGGCAGAUGUAUGGCCACUGGAUCUGCCAAAGUUGCCCACUCCAGUCCUAAGAUUGGUUUCCUUCUUCCCACCCCCUUCUUUGAACAUGCCCUUGGCAAUGAACCUAUCCAUCAGCUGUAGUGGUUGGCCCAUCUAUAGGUCCAAGACAUGGUAUUGUUACUUUGCUGUUCUUCAGGUCUGCCCAUGCGGUCAGCUCCUUCCUUGAGCUGAAUUUAACCUGCACAUGUGUAGCCUUGCAGAUAAGAAAUGAGAUGGGAGAGUGGGAUAGGCACUAUGUCUUUAUAUGAUUUUUUCCUGAUUGUGUUUUUAACAAGAUUUGGCGAUUAAAGCAGCUGAUGCGUGGAAAGAGUACAAAAAUGGUUACAUAUCCUGGAAAUGAAAUGUGCUCUGAACUGAGCCUGUUCUGAAAUAAUGCAGCUCCUACGCCCUGGUGUAACUUGAUUUGUCCUAGUCAAGACACUGACCAUGUAUUUUCACUGUAGUUGGAUGUACUGCUGGACAGAUACACUGCCCGGCAGAAGCUACUCCAUUUCCUGUUUAAAAUCUUGUCUCAUUUGCAGUAAUUCCAAAUUUUACUGAAAGCAAUCUCAAUUUUUUAAAAUUUUGAAUUUAUUUUAGACUGUUCUAAGAACAACAACAUAAGUACUGCAUUUUAACUGGACACUGUAGCAAUAUUCCGGUAUGGAAAAUUAGCUGAGUAGCUGAGAUGAUAUGCAAUUUGGUGCUGUGUGUAUAUUUUGGGUUUUACCUAGUGGAACUAAAACAUUAAGAUAGUACUUGGUGUAACAAAAUAGAGGUUAGUUUACUUGAAUUUGUCAGAAAGUAAAGCAUGUAUAUAUAUUUGGGGAAAACAUUUUUAAUUUAAUUUGC